CGUGCUGACAGGAAAAAGCCGGAGACUGUUGACCAGCAACGUCACUUCCGGACACCUUUCGUUCAACAGCUGGGACGGACGUCAUCGCACAGAGAAAUACAGUGAUGCUUCCCUGCUGCACCUUCCUCUCACGCUACACUCACCAUCACCUGGUUGCCUUCCUCCUCACCUUCUUUAGCUAUGUGUUGCUGCAUGCUUCACGUAAGACUUUCAGCAAUGUGAAAGUGAGCAUCUCUGCACAGUGGACCCCUUCAUUGCAGAAUGGCAGCUCUCCUACAUUUUCCCCCAGAGAGACAUGGGAAGAGAAUCGACUUUUUACAGAUACUGAGGAGGCCACGCUGUUUUUGGGUGCCCUGGACUCCAUAUUUCUCUUCUCUUAUGCUGUGGGUUUGUAUAUUAGUGGCAUCAUAGGUGACCGUCUGGACCUUCGUUACGUUCUUUCCUUUGGGCUGUGUGGCUCCGCUGUGGUGGAGUUCGUUUUUGGCACUCUGACAGAAUGGCUGCAUUUUUAUAAUGUGUAUUUCUACUGCUUUCUGUGGGUGCUAAAUGGCCUGUUGCAGUCUGCAGUUUGGCCCUGUGUGGUGGCUGUCAUGGGCAACUGGUUUGGCAAGUCUGGCCGAGGCUUUGUGUUCGGCUUGUGGAGUGCGUGUGCAUCAGUGGGGAAUAUUCUAGGAGCAUUCCUGGCCUCCAGUGUUCUGAAGUAUGGCUAUGAGUAUGCUUUCCUAGUGACAUCAGUGGUGCAGUUUGCAGGUGGAGUAGUUGUGUUUUUCGGUCUGCUCACCUCCCCAAAGGAAGUGGGUCUCUCAGGGGAAGGCCCAGUAACAGAUCUAACAACGGUGGAGAGAGACACGGACAGUCAUCAGCCACUCAUGAGCGACAAUGAGGAAGAGGAUGAUGAAGUAGUGUGUGACGGAGGAUACUAUUCCAUACAAAGGCAGGAUAAUGAGCCUGAGCCCCAAACCAAAGCCAUUGGUUUCUUCCAGGCCUUCUGUCUACCAGGAGUCAUACCUUACUCUCUUGCCUAUGCUUGCCUGAAACUGGUGAACUAUUCCUUCUUCUUUUGGCUGCCAUUUUAUCUGAGCAAUAAUUUUGGCUGGAAGGAGGCAGAAGCAGACCGUCUCUCUGCGUGGUAUGACGUGGGAGGGAUCAUCGGAGGAACCGUACAGGGUCUGAUCUCUGAUUUCUUGGGGAAAAGAGCUCCUGUGCUGUGCAUUAGUUUGCUGUUCGCUAUGGGAUCUCUAGUGGGAUACAGCCACUCUCCAAAUGACCAGAUUGUGAAUGGAGUGCUCUUGGCAACUACAGGUUUCCUCAUUGGUGGUCCAUCUAACAUGAUAAGCUCAGCAAUUUCAGCAGACCUGGGUCGACAGGAAGCUCUGCAGGGGAGUCAGGAGGCUUUGGCCACUGUCACAGGCAUAGUGGAUGGAACUGGCAGCAUUGGGGCUGCUGGAGGGCAGUACCUGGUAUCUCUCAUCAAGAGCAAAUUAGGAUGGAUGUGGGUCUUCUAUUUCUUCAUAGUCAUGACGGGAUUCAGCAUCAUAUUCAUCAUACCUCUUAUUGUUAAAGAAAUUCGCUCCAUGUGCAGAGACGGUCAAGCAAGGGCACAUCAGCUGUGAGAAUGCAUCUCUGUUUACAACCCCUCGUCUUGUCAGUGUUAGUACAGAGAAGUUGGAGAGUAUGUAAGCUAAGUAUGUAAGACACUCUGUUUAUGGUUGACUUCUUAAUUGUUUUUAAAGCUGCUUUUUAAUUACAAUAGUGAUAUUGUUUUAAAUAGUGCUAGAUUCCAUCAGUAUCACUGGCGUUAAUAUAAUGCUAAUGACAGCAACUGGCAAUGGUAAAAUAUCAUCAGGACAAUCAUUAUAAAUAAUGUGUUGAUAAUAGACUUGAGCAAUUAUUAUUGUCUGAUUUUUAGUAAAAAGCAAAACAAAACAUGGUUAAUAUAGACCAAAUGUUGACAAGCUCAAGUCAGACUGCACAACUGAGUGCACAAGUAAUAUGACCUUUAUCUGCUUUUUAAAUUGACGGAAGUGGUCAGGUAAACAAUAAUUAUAUCUGAUAAAAUAUUUGGCCAUCCAGGGGCUGCUAGUGGCACGUUAGGCUCACAGUGAUGAACACUAAAUUAGACUGUAUAAAUCCAGAUGUAAUGAGUUAUCACUAUGUGUGUGUCUGUUCUUUCAUCCCAUGGGCUCCAAAUCAGUUUGAGGAAUGAAAAUGAAUGCUGUUAAGCCAGAAACAAAAACAUUACCAAAAAUCUAAUCACCCAUAACUGUUUGAGAACAGAAUGAUGCAAACCCAAUUAUUAUUAUUAUUAUUAUUAUUAUUAUUAUUUUUUAAAUUCUGAUUUCUGAGCCCUGGCUCAAGCACUAACAUUUAACACCAUAGCAGGCUUGCAGCUGUCAAAGCCAGGGAUCACGUGUGUAUUGCUAAUACGAAGGUCAGGUAUCAAAGUGGACUGAAAUAAAUACAAAUAGACAACAAAUUUCAAACCUUUAGAACAUACAUUUCAAGUGCCUUUAUUUCAGCCUGCAUUUUGAGCUUGAAGAAAUUUCAGCUUGUUGGUCUUCGGGAUUAGUCCAAAGGACUUGGCCUAUAAAGACAUUUAUGUAGCUUAUACCGUACGUUUUUUUUUCUUUCAAUCAAUAUAAAGUGAGAUUAAUGGAUGCAAAAAGAAAAUUAUUUGGUAAUUAAGAACUGUGCUUUGUUUUUGAAACAUAUUUAUGAAUCUUAUUCUUUUUUUGUAAAUAACAAGUGUAUAUUUUUGGCUGCUGGAGGAGCAGGGCAUGGAGUAGAUGUGCUCUAUGUGGAGUGGCUAAAACACUGUCAAGCAUUCCACAUUUUUAAUCGUGUUGCCUUUUGAUUUUUUUUUCAUGGAAUUUGUGAUACCUGUGACACCUUUCCAAAAGGGGUUUCAUUCAGUUUUUUUUUUUAAAGCAGUGUAGGGUUAAAGAUGUAUUAGUAGAUCUAUGUUAUGGUUUUGACCACUCAUUCGUCUGCUUCAUAAAUCACCUAGAGGGUUACAUUCAGUUGCCAGUUUAUAAGAUUGACCUAACUUGUACCUACACUAAAUAGCCAUUUUAUCACAAACCUAUAAUAUAAGACACUUUGAAUGUGUACAAUUACUGACUGUAGUCAAUAUGUCACUACAACACAAUUUGGCAUCCCCCAGUGGAAAGAGACCUCCACAGGACCUCUGGUGCGCAGAUAUUAUUUAUCAGUGACACUGACAUGGAUAUUUUUUUUUGUUUGGCUGAAACCAGCAACGAGGUAUUUAAAAACACUACACCUGAUACUCAGAAUGAGCCACCAUCCAGAUUAUAUCAGUGCUAGUUCCAUGGAUUCUUUCCAUUACUAAAUGGGGUAGAGGAGCUGACAGAGGAGCUCCAGUCACACAAACUACACCUGUAUGGUUGGUUUACCUGAUAAACUGAUGACUGAGUGAAUAUUUGUGAAACAAAUAUUUAGAAUAAUUACAUGUUACAUAGUGUAUGUUGUGCACAGUAACCUUAAACCUAUUUUUAAGGUUAAAAAUUUUAAUCAAAUUUUUACAUACCUGUGUUUAGGCUAACUGUAACUUAUAUGUGAUGUGAUAUUCUGUUAGUUAUCUUUUAUGACCAAAAUAUUCAGACUUUUUAUAUUUGCUUAUUGUUUAUGUGAACAUCUUGAACUGUUAAAUGCAGGAUGAUGUUGUAACUGACAGUUAAACAAAUCUGCUAGUUUAUUAAGUAGUUUAUUUACUGCAGAUUUCAUUUUUAGCACAUGCCCUCAGAUUUGUUCGUAUUUAAUGAAACACAAAUGGAAACGCUCACAUGGUGCAGGUGUGAUUUCUUAGAUCGAAUAGAAAAUCAACUUGGUGUCAUGCAUAUAUUGUUGAAAUCAAGCUCAGGUUCAUUACUGAAUGUUGUGAUAAUGAAGCAGAGUUGCAGUUUUAAUGUAAUAGCGUUUUAUUAUUUUCUCUUUUUUUAAUGUGAAAGAUUUGACUUUAUAUGAAUGUUUCACAUUUGCACUUCAGAAAUAUUUAGCCAUUUCUUUAUUUGCCAAAUGUUUACAUGCUAUUUUCUUUUCUAUAAUGAAUGCCUAUCCUGUUUUAGAUUAAGAAUGCUUUUAAACUCAUGCAAACACUUUGUAUAUAAAUACAUAUUACCCUGGUUCCAAAUGUUCAUCUCACCAUCAGUGUAAAAUCAUUGUUUACAUUAUAUUAAAAUAAUUGUUACUGAUGGAUAUCGAUAUUUAUAUUAUAAUAUACAUACACAUUAUAUAUAUGGGUCUGUCUCAGAAACUGGGUACUGUGGGGGUACCCCACUAAAUAUACUCACAGUCAAUAAACUAUACGGUUUUGAA